CAGGUUUAAAAACAUACGAGAUACGUAGAAAGCAGCUGAGCAGUUGCUAAUAUUUUCCUUGAAUAUUUUUACGCGUUUUUACUUUAAUACAAAAGUUUCCUUUAUAAUAGACAGUAAAACUAAUUUCAAAGAUUGCGAUAAUUUGAAAAGUUUGUGACUUGAUGGAUAAAAGUUGGAUGUGAAGGCUUAAAAAUUCGGAGUAUUUUUAGAUUGAAAACUUCUGAAUUGUUAAAUUUAUAUUAUAUAUGUGCAUAUAUGUAGAGUCACUUGGAGGAAGAGGUUAUAAAGAGUCACAAUUUUCAAUAUAAAUCGAUACGAUGGCAGAGGAACUGUCGCCAUGUUUGAGUGGGAUUCAAAAAGUCGCAGGAAGUAAAUUGAGUGAUAAGUUAAGUACACUGAACCGCAUCGCGAAAAAAAUAGUUGGAUCAGAAAAUCAAAAUGAAGCGAUGCAAUUAGCUGUCGAUUCGUCGGAAUUACCGGAGGCUUUGAAACCUCUGGUACAAGUGGAGGUCGCGCGAUUAUCAGGACAAUUUGAGGGAAUUUGCGAAGCUUUGAAAUCCGAUGACUCUGUAGUGUUUGAUCGAGCGCUCAGGGCCAAGUGGUUUUUCAAUGGCAGCCAUGAAAAUUGUAGGGUUCAGUACUACCAGGCACAGAUUUUUCCGGUCGUAUCUCUGCAGAGUCGACUUAAAAUUAUCAAAGCGUUGGCUAAUAAUUUAAGCGCGAAUCCUGCUAUCGCUGAAGAAUUUUAUACUGCGCUGACUUUGAUGUACGGAGAGAAACAAGCUCACCCACUACUGAUGGCUUGCAGUGAAUCAUUUAUCUGGAAUUGCGUCACAGAGCAUAAAGUACGGCUUAAUAAUAGAUUAGUACGGAAUUUGUUCUAUAAAUAUCCAGCACUCGUAGUCAAAUAUCUGAAGUUGAGCAAAAAAAGUGAUGAUCAAUACGAGCGAAAUUUACGACUCGUUGAUUUGAAUUCUCUAUCAGAUUUUCUUCCGCGAUUAAUUAAAAAGUGUCCAGAAACUUUUGUGGAGCUUUUAGAAAUGGAACGUGUCAGUUACUUCAUAAGGCUGAGUCACACUCGCACCGAGUUAUUUUUGAAAAAUUCCAUCGAUGCAUUGAUCAAAGAUCCUAAAUUAUUUAUGCCAAUUUUGGACCAAAAAACGGUUACAAAAAAACUCACUGACAGCCAAUUCAGAAUUGUUUUCAAAAAAUUGUUUCCUCCCACAUUGGAGUCCUUUCAAUUCGAUGACUUGUUCGAGUAUCUAAAAUAUCUACAAGAAGAUAAAAAAUUACCGAUGAUGACAUCGGUCUUUGAAGAGGUGUACAAAGUGAAUUUUCUAGAUUGCACCGAGAAAAUUACACCCACAGCAAUGCGAUUACUUCCGCGGGACGAACGCAUCAAACAAGUGAAAAUAAAACUGCAGAAAGAUCCAACUGGUAAAAUUGAAUACUCCGAUUAUUCGUGGUUUUGUUAUUUGGCGCCUGAAGAGUCCAUUCCAUAUUUUAAAGAUCUCAUCAAAAAAACAUCAAAUGCCAACGAUAGAUGCGAAUUACUUAAGCAGUUAAUUUUCACAUGCAUUGUAAAUUCCGAUAAUUAUGCGUUACUUGAAGUACUCAAGUAUAUCUCGACAAGACAUAAAAAUGAGAGUGGUUCUAUACUGACUCAGGUUUUACGGAAAUUAUCGGAAGAAUAUGACCUCAAAAGUCCUGACCUAACGCUUGAACACUGGGAUGUAAUUUAUAAUUUUGUGAAACUCUUGUACGUCAAAAAUGGAAUAGGCUCUUACUUUUUUGUUACAAAGGACCUGAUAACAGCCAGAAUUCGCUUCGAUAUAGCGAAUAACCAUUCGAUAACUGACAAAAUAAGUCUACUCGCUGAUUACAAUAUAGAGCGGUGGAGUGGCGACUGGAAUAUUUUGGAAGACAACUUGUCCUACAACAGGAAGUGUCUUGAAGAAUUUAUGGGAGUAUUGCCAUCGAAAAUUGAGAAAAAGAAAGAAAAUCUGACUAUUUAUUUGGUAAAUGGCAUCAUGAUAUCCUUCAACGAAUUUAAUGAACGUAAUUCAAAGUCCAAGUCAUCGUUGGAAAUGAUGACAAUCAAAAAUUACCCAUGGAUUUUGGAUUACGUUAAAAAGUGUUUGGUUGAUAAAGAUGCAAAUAAAAGCGAUGUUGAACGCCUUAAAAUACUAUUGAGUGAAACAGACAAAGAACUUUAUGAAGAGUUGGUUAUUCAAGAUAAAGGGGAAAUGGAUGUGAGGUUACCAAAAGUUAUACAGUUACUGAAAAAUGAUCCGGAAAAAAUAGCGAAGAAUUGGGAAUUAUAUCUGGAAAAAUGUAUAGAUUCGAUUCGUAAUCCGUGGGCCCGAAGAUUUGUAAAAUUGUGUCGCUGGUAUCAAGAUUUGCCGAUAAAGUUUGCUGAUAAAAGUUUAAACGAAGUUACAGAGAAGAAACGAGAUGGAGGAUUGAUUGUUCUGGGGCAACUGUUUGAAGGAUCAGCAUUUGCGCAGGUCGUAGAAGCUUUUGUACCAACGUCAACGACAAUAGAUCCCGAUAAAGAAGAUGCUGCAGAUGAUUAUAAGAUGUCGUCUACUAUUCCGAUGGCAUUUAAUGUCGUUAAUCCGCCAGUGUCUUUAGAUUUAAUCCUAAAAUUCUGCGUGGGUGACUAUAUUCACACAACAGUCAAUUGUCUUGUAAAUGUAAGCCGACGAACGGCGUUACCUAAAAUCAUUUCGUUUGCAAAGACGCUGAUGGACCGACCGAUUUCCAUAAAAAAACACGGAAUUCGGCUGUUUUGUACGGUCGCGGAUGUCAAACAAUUACGCGGUAUCCUGAUAAAUUUGUGGAGAUCCGAAACGCAUCAGGCGAUUCGCGCGUUAGUGUUUAAAAAUGUGUUUAAGGUUUUUGAAUCAAUUCCCAAUGACGAGACCUGGGGAAUGAUUUGCGAAUGUAUCGACGGUCUUAAACCGGAUGAUAAAGAUACUUUUGAAUCUCUCAUGAAAUUUGAUUCCAUUCCUAAUGAAUACAUCGCGGAUUAUGUCCGCAAAUUAUUUUGCUUGUUUCGUAGACUCGGUGAUGUGGAAAACGGUUUAGAGUCAGGUGUCGUUUGGUCUCAUAUUACAAAGCUACUUAGAAUUAAUCAUAAUAUAUUGGUUCUACUUCCCGAAGAAUUACACAAUGAGAUAAUUGACAAGUAUGUUCUUGAUUUGUCACUACCGAAAACUGUACAGUCUGCAGGCCAUAGUUAUCUCAUUGAUUAUAUUAUGACAGCGCGAGAUAAAUUAGAAGACAGAUUGAACCGUUUCAAAAAUAUAUUCGUCAAAAUCGUUAACGAAAAUUGGGAUAUUCCUCAUCCCACUGAACCGUCAUUCUAUCCAGCAAAUUAUUUCGUAAAAAAUUUAACCAAAGAUAUAACAAAUUCUGCUAAUCAGUCCCACGAGCCAAGUCGAGUACGAUUAAUCGAAGUUGCAGCCGAGUCAUUUAAUUCCACUUUGAAACCACAGCAAGACCCCUAUUCCUACUUGAGCUUGACAUUUGCCUCGCUACUGUCAAACAAGAAAUUUUCCCCAAAAGAAGUUGCUUGUAAAGUCAAUGCACUGUUACCCUCAUUACUAAAAAUUUUUUCCGCGGAGUUAAUUUCAUUUAUCGCUAAUUCCUUAUCCGAUUUUCUCGAUUUAUACUUCGAUGACAACAAGAGUGAUGAUCGUUUGGGUGUAGUCGAAGGUUUGAUAGAAUCUAAUAAUGAUCAGGCUACGAUUCUUGCAGCCCAAUUUUUAUCGCUUCAAAGGUAUUCCUUCUCCACCUCCCGGUUUUCAAAAAUUAUUGACACUCUCAAAGGACAUAGCAAUCCCACGGUAGUAUCGACAGCCUACAUUAUAAUGUACGGGCUUUCGUAAAAAAAAAACCGUCUCCAUAUUAAAAAAGUUUGGAAAAUCCAAAAGUGCACACCUCGAACGCUCAUGUUACAAUGAAAUAUAUAAAUUACUAAUAUUUAUUUUUAAUUACAAAAUUUUUUAAUAAAUAUCUAGAGAGAAAUUCGUCGUUUUUUUUUUUUAAUUUAGUUAAUUCUAUGACAGUUGGUAAUAAAAAAAAAUUAUUUGAUGGUAAAGUAGAACCUUAUGAUAUCAGCAAAGUUUGAUGAUAAAAAAAAAAUUCCCGAUAAAAUAAAAAAAUGGCUGCAGUGUGUGUUUGUUUACAUGGAAUGGUACCGGUUUUAACAGAAAUGAUUUAUUUAAAAAAAAACGAGAGGGUCUACAGUAGUGAUUUUCGAAAAGAACCUUCUUUGCAUUAUUCUGAAGACAGUGAAAAAAAAAUAAAGUCAUUUUGUCAAGCCGUUCACGAAAUAUCCGUGCCACAGACAUAUUUUGGACUACAGACUAACUGACGUCCACGAUACAUAUUUUUUAUUAAACUUUUUUUUAUUAUAAUACGUAUCGAACAACUUAAUGAAAGUAUCAGUCUUAUUAAUUAGUGUUUCCUCUUUAGGUUAAUGUGUUUUUUAUAACGUGUGAGUGCGACAUAAAAAUAAUAUAUACAGUUUAACGAGGAAAAGUCAAGUGACCUUGACAGGUCCGUUAUAAAGCACAACCUCGACGCUUCGCGUUCGAGGCGUGCAAAACAUAUUUUUAUAAAUUUCCAAUUUCGUUUGCUAUAUAUUUAUCAAACUUUUUUCAUGCUAUUCUGAAUAUUAUACUUAUAAAUAAAUA